AUGAAUCCAGAUCAAAGCACGGCGGACGGAGAUGAAAAGGAUCAAAAUGACUUAUGUGAUCGAUCUCCCUCUCCUACUCCGACUCAGAGAAUCAAAAAUAUAAAAAAAACGAGUCGAGACAAAAAGAGUCACAAUAAUGUCUCUCAUUAUACUCUCCACCCCAAGCCCAAGAUGGAGAUAGGCAGAUAUCCAAACAUGGGAUUCUGCAAUUCCCCUGACGUCACACGGACAAAAGUCGAUCGAGAAAACGGGUGUAUCAUCGUGGAUAUGGAGAAGCUUAACACACUCGCAUACAUAUGA